UCAGCCAGGGCUACACAGAAAAACCCUAUCUUCAAAAAACCAAAACAUAUCUCCCCAAGGCCUUUUUUGUUUCUUGGUUUUACAGUUAAGUUGAAAAACCUGGGCUCUUUCACAGGAUGGCCUAGUCCUUGGGAAGGGAUGUUAAUAGAGGAGGCUUCAAUCCCUGUGAUCCUGCUGGCCUUGGGGAAACUGUCAGCAAAAACCUAGGCUGCCAGGGAAAGAUUCUGUAGACAGGGUAGAGUUGAGGCUACUCUACCACCUUCAGAGGGAAAGGGUAAGGUGGUCCUGGACCAGAGCUGUGAUUGGCCAAAGCUAGACAAUGCCACUGUGAUGUCAAUUCCCAUAUGCUGUGAAAUGGAGACUCCUGAACUCUCUGCCUCAGUGGCGCUGCCGUCCAGACACAGAUCAUGAGUGGUGGGUACGAUCUCAACCUCUUUAUCAGCCCUCCUGACUACAACUUCCUGUGUUCCGUCUGCCAUGGGGUUCUCAAGAAGCCAAUGAGGUUGCCAUGCAGUCACAUCUUCUGCAAAAAGUGCAUCUUCCAGUGGCUAGCCAGACAAAACACCUGUCCAUGCUGUAGACAAGAGGUGAAAAGAAGAAAGAUGGUCCAAGUGAAUAAACUCCGGAAAACCAUUGGCCGUCUACAAGUCAAGUGCAAGAACGCUGCAGCUGGCUGCUUGGUGACAUGCCCUUUGGCUCAUCGCAAGGGUCACCAUAACUCAUGCCCCUUCGAGCUGAUGACCUGCCCCAAUGAGGGCUGCACUGCACGGGUUCUGCGUGGGGUCCUAGAUGAACACCGCCAGCAUUGCCAGCAGGAUGGCCAGCAGCGCUGCCCCUUAGGCUGUGGAGCCACUCUGGCUGCCUCUGAGGGCGAGCAACACAACUGCUACCGUGAGCUACGUGAUGCUUGGGCACAGCGCCACGAGCGCAAUCAGACCCUGCUACUGAGCCUGCUGAGGCGUGUGCGCCGGGUGCACCGCACCACCAACUUCAUCCGCCGGCAGCUGGCACAGUUGGGCGACUUCCUGGAGGAUGACUCCCUGCUUCUGAGUUCCAGGGCACAGGAGACUGAGGUCGCCCCGGAGGCUGAGCUGUGGGGUGUGCAGGGCCAAGAUGUCUUAUAAAGGAAUUAUAUAGACGCUAAGCCCAGGCCUAGCCCACCUCAUA